AAUCAAGUUGCAUGUAGUACAGUGAUUUGCUAAUACGAGUGUCGAGGACGAAGGAUAACUUGGAAAUUUGUGACAAUCGGAAACAUAUUCGAGGUUAUGUUUCGCUUGCGUAUUUUCCCGUUCUACGGAGUGACGUCACUUGUUACUCAUGCGAAAAUAUGUAACAACCGAAGCUGCCAGCACUUAUGAUUUUUCCUCGCGAUUUGCAAAAGAGCGCAACAAGUUCCGAUGAUCGCGACGACUUCCGUCUGCUGUAAGAUUGCCGGGCCCAGAUUUUAGAAUUUAUAUCACAGCUGACAAAGUCGACGAAGGUCGUUGUAACCAAUCAGGAGGCAGAUUUGAUCGGGAAACUUCUUUUAUCACCAGUGACAAAAAUUUCAGAAUCCCAGGUCCCCGGAUGCCAUUUUGACGCUAUCCAGUAUUCAUUCCCCUUCCUUCAAUUUGUACAUACAUACUUGUCACGCCAUGAGUGCGAGAGUUGCAGCCCGAGACUAAAAAUUGGGUCAAUGGAAUAUGUAGCGUAAAUUUCGAGAUAUUUGUGAGACGCUAUUUCCUCUGAGAUGGCCGAGAAGCUUGGCCUCGGCCCUGAGGUACGGGAGCUUAAGCUGGGUCCCAGUUUUACCAACAAGAAGUCGACCGCGUUCCAUACACUCAAGUAUGACUUCAAACCGGCCAGUGUGGAUGUAUCUAAGAUGGCACAAGUUGACGUUGGAUCGAAUAAUACCAUGACUGUAACUGUGCCACAUUUAGAUGGUGCUGGAACACCUCAUACUGUCUUCAAGGGCUCCCAGCGACCGUAUCACAAGGAGUGUGUAUUGAUAAUCGAUCGUGUCACAGGGGAAAUAACACUCGAGAAGUUGUCAUCGAAUAUACAAGUGAAAAAGACGCGAACCGAGCCUAAGAGUCAAUCAUUCCUGAGUAUCCCCGGGCAAAACAGCAACAACCGACCUUUCACGCCAGUUGAAAACAAGAAAAGCCCGACUCACGGUAGGGCCAAUGGAAGAACCAAAGUGGCUACUGGGAGAAAGAAGGAACCUAUGGUUCAGCUACAUCCAAAACAACACAGCCCUCUUCAGGCGUCACCUUAUCAUGGAAAAAGCCCCCCAAACAUACCUAGUAACAGUUCUCCUGUACCACCUUCCAUGGCACAGUCAACCUUGGCUAGUCUUCCAAUGAUCGGUUUAGACAACGACGACUUUGCUUUGUCUUCUAUGAUGACGCCCGCUCAACCUUCGCACGGUUCGGCACCACCCAGGACUGAAACUCCGGUUAUUCAGGAAAUAACUCUGGAGGAAAGCGCUCCUGCUACCGAAAGUGAUGAACGAGCUCUCAGUGACUCAAGUUCUAGUAGCUCCAGCUCUGAUAGCUCUGACAGUGAUUCCGACACUGAAAAUAUACCAGUUCCGAUGACAACUAAUGCUUAUUCAAUCUCGUUAUUGAUCUACUUUCAGGACAUCUAAACAGUAUGUCCGCAUCUCCCUCGUUGUCAAUGCCCGAUAAUUUGCUUAACGAUGAUCUACAAUUGUCUGAAUCUGGAUCGGAGAGUGACUAAAAAUGUUAUCUCGCUUAUUUAUCAUCUCUUGACUUGAAUUGGGGAGAGAGGGCAGUAAAGACGCGAGUUUCACUAUAUCGGUCAUUGUGGAAGCCAGCAGUUCAAAUUUUUGAGUUCAAAUUUUUGUAGCUGACAACCACAACAUAAUAUUGGAUGAAAGAAAUUACUUUAUAAAUAUGUACAAAGCCUCAUGUAAUGAAUGAAUUAAAUGAAUUGU